CGCUGCCUGCAUCUGUUCACAUGAGGGAUUUAUCGAGAGUUUUAAUCCAGUUGAGAAAUGAAUCCGAUGAGACGCUCGGACCACCUUUUGAUGUUGAAACAGAUAUAACUACUUCUAAAUUGCAAUUAAUAUGCAAUAAACUAUUAGAUAAUGAGGAAGCUCAGUUAUUUAGCUUUUAUGUCAAUAAAGAUAUUCCCAUAUCUAACUCUUUAAAUAAAAUUUAUGAUUUUGAAAUUCAUGGUACUGAAGAUACAAUAAAUAUAACAUUUUUUCCACAAUCAUUAUAUCGAGUUUACCCUGUCACACGCUGCACAAGUUCUCUCCCAGGACAUGAAGAGGCAAUUUUGUCUAUACAGUUUAGUCCGAAUGGAAGACAAUUGGCCUCAGGGGCAGGUGAUAAAACCAUUCGAUUUUGGGAUUUAGAUACUCAAACUCCAUUAUAUGAAUGUAAAGAACAUAACCAUUGGGUUUUAUGCAUUUCUUGGUCUCCGGAUGGCAAAAAACUGGCAUCUGCUGAUAAAAAUGGAAAGAUAUGUUUAUGGAAUCCCUCAACCGGAAAAUUAUUGGGAAAAACUAUAAAUGCACACAAUCAAUGGGUAAAUUACAUCACCUGGGAACCCAUGCAUAUAAAUCCUAAAUGUAGACGUUUUGCCAGUUGUUCCAAAGAUUGUGUGAUAAAAAUAUGGGAUAGUGUUAGUAGGUUAUGCUUAAUGUGCCUGAGCGGGCAUUCAGCAUCCGUGACUUACGUUAAAUGGGGCGCCAAAAAUUUGAUUUAUUCUUCCUCUCAAGACAGAACUAUCAAAAUUUGGGAUGCUACCGAUGGUAGCCUAUUCAGAAAUUUACAAUGUCAUGCUCAUUGGGUUAACGCCUUAGCGCUCAGUACGGAUUACAUUUUGCGAACGUCCUGUUACGAUUUCGAAAAUUACAAAGAUCAAAAUUACGAUUCUCUAUCUAAUGAGGAAUUAUCAAAACUUGCCAGGGAUAGAUAUUUCAAAAUGAAUAAAAAUAAUCAAGAGAGAAUAGUAUCAGCUAGCGACGACUUCACUCUUUGUCUCUGGCGAGAUCAAGAAACAAAUGUAAUCCCGAAAAACAAAAUUGCUAACGAAAAUACAAAUGGCGAUAAAAGCGAAAAAUCAGGUUGGUUGAUCGCUAAAAUGACCGGUCAUUGCCAAACUGUCAAUCACGUACAGUUUUCCCCUAACGGUUUACUUAUCGCAAGUGCUUCAUUUGAUAAAUCCGUUAAAAUAUGGCACGGACUGAGUGGAAAGUACCUAUUUUCACUUCGUGGACAUGUUCAACGGGUUUACCAAAUAAGCUUUUCCAACGAUAAUCGCUUGCUCGUAUCCGCUAGCGCCGACUCUACCAUAAAAAUUUGGAAAUUAAACUUAAGCGCAUCGGAGGAAAAUGAUAAAAAAUCUAAACAGACCCACUUGUGCGUUGAUUUACCUGGUCACGCUGACGAAGUUUACGCUGUCGAUUGGAGCCCGGACGGUUCCACCGUUGCUAGUGGUGGAAAAGACAAAAUUUUAAAAAUAUGGAAGAAAUGAAUAUUCAGAAACCAAUUUUUGGAAAUCGAUUCAAAUAUAUUUGCUGUUAUUUUAUUUAUUAUUACACAAUUUAUUAAAUUAUAGACAAUCUUUAUACAAUAAAUAUUAUUUUUUACGUUAAA